AAUUAAUACUGAUUAUAUUUCGUUGCCCAUUCUUUUUCUUUCAUAAUUUAAGUCAAUUUACGUUAAAUAAUAACAGUAAUACUUAGUUUGUAUGUACAAAAUCCAUAAACAAGUGCGACAUCGUACACACGCAGUCUGAUGCACACGACGUUAUCACUCUAAUACAUACAAAAAUACACACGUAUUAGUAUUUAAUAUCUAGGGAAAAGUAUUUUACGAUACUAAACCCUACCUAUCACCAGCCAAAAUAUAUACCAUGUCAACGUCGAAUGAACCUGCUAGGAAAGGACCAGUAUCACCUGAAAAUCAUGAAUUUGUUGUUCCACAAAAGUUCGUUAAAACACCGCAUGAUAUGGCAGUCUGGGGAAAAUCAGAAGCAUAUUUUGAAUACCUAGGAUUUAUAUUAGCUUUAAACCAGGCAGUUCAAGGAAAAGCUUUAAAUGUUGAAUGCCAGCCAAGUCCUAUAAUAGAUAAUAUUAUCCAAAUGCUUAACGAGUUUGAUGCAUGGAUAACACAGAUACCUCCAACUGAACAACCUCAGCGAUUUGGUAACAAGUCGUUUAGAAUAUGGCAUGAAAGACUGCAACAGAAUGGAGUGGAAGAAUUGCAAAAAGUAUUACCACAGAAAUUGUAUAGAGCUGUUCCAGAGAUAGUUGAAUAUUUAUAUGAAGGUUUUGGUAAUCCAACCCGUAUAGAUUAUGGUACAGGACAUGAAAUGGCAUUUCUGAUGUUUCUAUGCUGUAUGUUUAAAAUUGGUGCUUUCAAACAGGAGGAUAAAGUUGCUGUAGUUGUAAAAAUAUUUAAUAGAUACCUCGAAUUAGUUCGCCGAUUACAGUUAACUUAUAGAAUGGAACCAGCAGGUAGUCAUGGUGUCUGGAGUUUGGAUGACUACCAGUUUGUUCCUUUCAUAUGGGGAAGUGCUCAGUUGAUUGGUCAUUCUCGUAUAGAACCUCGCCAUUUUGUUGAUCAGGAUAUCGUUGAUGCAUUCAGCAAACAAUAUAUGUUUCUUGGUUGCAUUCAGUUCAUUUCAAAGGUGAAGACAGGUCCAUUUGCUGAACAUUCUAAUCAGUUAUGGAAUGUCAGUGCAGUGUCUUCAUGGUCCAAGGUGAACAGUGGUCUCAUUAAAAUGUACAAAGCUGAGGUUUUAGCAAAAUUUCCUGUCAUUCAGCAUGUCCUGUUUGGUUCUCUAUUACCGAUUAAGCAAGCUUUUGCAUCACCCGUUGGAAAAGGACCUCGUAAAGAUGAUUCCGAACAACCAUCACCACCGACUCCUCAGUAACGAUACCUCACGAAUGAGCUUUACAUUUGUUAAUGUAGAUUGUAAUUCAGUAUUUAUAAUAAAAUUGUACACUGCGAUUGUAUGCUAUUAGAUUUUAAA